UAGUGAGAGGAAAACACGUGGGUGCUAAAUGGAUCACUUUUAAGCCCCAUUAAGAAUUGAUAACUGUGGGAGCUAUAGAGAUAUAGAUCUCUUACAGGGAGCAUCUUCAGCCACCACGAAAUGUACACCACAGACACACAACCUCCUGCACAGCAGACUCUCUCUGAUGUUAAUUGCCGCAAUGUCACUCAUGAUGAGUCAGUGAGAAUCGCAGAGGUGUCUGUGAAUGUGCUUCUUCUCAACGUGGGGGCUAUUAAACGAUGCGUGCGUGCGUCUGUGCUUGUCCACGAGGGAAUCCAAAUGCACCACAGUGGUCAGACGCGUGCCACACCCUUACAGAGUAAACAAAAGACAGACAGGGUGACAUGUGAGCCACCACAGUCUCCAUCCAGAGGGGUCAAAACAAGCGCGUCUGAUGGAGCGAGCCUAUAAUAUCAUAAUUACAGUGAAAUUGGCUCCUCCAGCUCGUAGAUGAGAGGUUAUCUUAAAAAAAAAAAAAAAAAAAAAAAAAACGCCCCCUCCAUCGCUUUUACGCACACAUGCGCAUUCCCAAAAUCUCCCCCCUUUGUCUCUGGUCUCUUGUCUCACGGUGGUAGCCCCGAAACAGGAAUUCAGCGGGUAAAAAAGGAGGAGAGAGGAGUGUGCAUGUAUGGACCAGACUGUCUCCUCCCCCCACACACCAGAAGCGCACACACACACACACACACACACACCACACUCUCUCCUCCCCCUUCCUCCCUCCUCCUCUCCUCAUCCUCCUCCUCCUCCACAGCCCCAUGCCUUUGUGUGUGUGUGUGUAUGUAUGUGAAGCUGGACUGCGUACCCGAAAACCUUUUGCAUAGAGAAUAAGCUUUUUUUUGGGGGGGAACAAAUUUGUGGAAAAUCAGAAAGCUUGCAGGUGCAAAAGUGAAGGAGGAAUUGGACGCACGUGAAUCUCUUCACUUCUCCAAAAAGAAGCCAGGGAAUAUAGGAAGGAAGGAAGGAAGGAGGAACCAGCCAAGUGCCGCAAAUUGGACUUUUCCACCAUCAGCAUCUCUCUCCUCCUCUCUCCUCUCUCUCCAUCCCUCCUAGGUCUCCCCUACUUUACUCCCAUCCAACCUCAUUCUCCCAGUCUCUCCUGAAGGCAUCCCAGAAUAGCCUCAAACACACACACCGGAGCGCUCUCUCUAAAAUAUUAGUGGAGGAGGGUGUUUUGGAUUUUGGGGGUGAUGCUGGAGAUGGAUUAACAAAAAAAAAAAAAGAGGAGGUGCACCGCAAAACUGGAGCAUAACGCACGACCACGCCGGGGGGGAAGGGGGCGACGGGACUCGGUGAAUUCACGGAACCCCCGGGACAGAGGCUGCGACUGGCCGCACAACCCCAAGAUGACGUCCCCCAAAAACAAAGCCAAGAAGAAGCAACCCAAAGACAGCAUGACGCUGCUGCCGUGCUUUUAUUUUGUAGAGCUCCCUAUCGUCCUGUCCUCCUUGGUGUCCCUGUACUUCCUGGAGCUGACGGAUGUGUUGUCCCCGGCGAUGGUGGGCUUCCGUUGCCACGACCGUGACCUCUCCAUGCCAUACGUGGAGACGGGCGAUGAGCUCAUCCCUCUGCUGAUGCUGCUGAGUUUGGCCUUCGCUGGUCCCGCAGCGUCCAUUAUGAUGGGCGAGGGCCUGAUGUACUGCAUGCAGUCCAAACUGAAGACGUGUCCCAAGUCGGAGAGCAGCAUCAAUGCUGGAGGCUGCAGCUUCAACUCCUUCCUACGCAGAACCGUGCGCUUCGUCGGUGUUCAUGUGUUCGGUCUCCUGGCAACAGCCCUGGUGACAGAUGUCAUCCAGUUAGCUACCGGUUACCACGCCCCAUUCUUCCUCACCGUCUGCCAGCCCAAUUACACGGCCCCGGGAGUGUCAUGUGACAACAAUGCCUACAUCACACGGGACAUCUGCAUGGGGAAAGACCAGUACGCCAUCAUGUCAGCUAGGAAAACAUUUCCAUCCCAGCAUGCAACGCUCUCUGGCUUCGCUGCUGUCUAUAUCUCCAUGUAUUUCAACGCCAGCAUCAGCACCACGACCAAGCUGCUGAAGCCGCUGAUGGUGUUUGCUUUCUGCAUGGCGGCGGGCCUCGCCGGGCUGACGCAGAUAACUCAGCACCGCAGUCACCCGAUAGACGUCUACGUGGGAUACCUCAUAGGAGCCGGCGUCGGAGUCUACCUGGCUGUGUUUGCAGUGGGAAACUUCAAAGCAUCAGACGAAGACGCUCCCUCUUUGCAGAGACUGGCCCCGGCUCAGCAGAAGGACCUGAGGGUGCUGAGCCAGCGGAGUCAUGACUCCCUGUACAGGAAGACUCCCAGGGUGUCUGAGAGCAGAGAGGAGCUGGGGGCAGGGCUGGGGUCCGGGGCUCGCAGUAAGGUGAGGAGGGAGAAGGCGUCCCUGGCCUCCCUCAAAAGAGCAAGCGCUGAUGUGGAGCUCCUGGCAACCCGUGGUCCCAUGGGCAAGGAAACCAUGGUAACCUUCAGCAACACCUUGCCCCGAGUCGCAAACGGCAACAGCCCCAUCUCCCCCUCCGACGAGCUGCCUCCCUCGCAGCGUCACAUGACCUUCCACGUGCCCUUUGACCCCCAGAGGUCUCGGCAGCUGGUGUCAGAGUGGAGGCAGCGCUCGCUGGAGCUCCGCAGCCAGAGCUCGCGGGACGAGGAGGAGGACGGGGGAGAUGAAGGAGGAGCAGCGGCGGGAGACGGAGACCUGGAGAUGCCUUCCUCUCUUUAUCCCACAGUGCAAGCCAACAAGGGCAACGCCACCCCGACGGGAGCCAGGAUGGUGGUGGCGCCCCCACUCGUUCACAUCCCCGAGGAGGCCUCUCGGCCGCCGCCCGUCUCCCCCAAGAGCGCCAAGACCCGCGCCAAGUGGCUGUCGCUCACAGAGGGAGGAGUGAAAGAGCCGGGCCCGGGGCCGAUUGCGGUGUCGACUCCCCGCGUGCCCAACACGCAGCCCAACCAGCCGCCCAGCCAGCAAAGAGUCACUCAGGUGAUAGCCAUGUCUAAGCAGCAGGGUCAUGGGGUCGCUUCGUCCACUAAGACCUCAGAAGGCGGUGGCUCGUCCUCCGGCGGCGGCUCCAACUGUUCCGAGUCGCCCUAUUACCGGAUCCCAUCUGAUCGAGACAGCUGCACGGGGAGCAACCCGGGGAGCAUCGCCGGGAGCGGGAGCAUCGUCACUAUCGACGCCCACGCCCCUCACCACCCGGUGGUGCGUGUGUCAGCCGCAAACGGCAAGCCGUGGGAGUGGAGAAACACCAUCAGCGGUAACAUGAUGGCCUCCGACAUGGCGGGGGACAAACACCGCGUAUCGCUACAGCGGCAGGACAAUAUCAGUCACUACCGGGAUUACCGGACACUCCCAGUGAAAACAGACUCGCUCUGCUCCUCCUCGGCCAGCGGCAGCGCCGAAGGAGGACCGGAGCUGCCUCCCCCGCCUCUCCCUACCUCCACCUCCCCUCUGCCUCACCCUCAUCACCUGUUGUCAUCCCCUCUACCGCCGCCGCCUCCUCACUCGUCCACUUCCCCCUUGCCUCCCCCUCCUCACCCAAGCUCCUCUCCGAUGCUACCUCUUCUCCCUCACCCUGCCUCCUCUCACAUGCCCCUCCCUCCUCACCUCCUUACCAUGGCCCCACCACCCCUUCCGCCGUCCUCUCAAAUGCCCCCGCCUCCUCACCCAUCUUCCUCCCAAAUGCCCCUUCCUCCUCACCCAUCCUCCUGUCAAAUGCCCCCGCCUCCUCACCCGUCCUCCUGUCAAAUGCCCCCGCCUCCUCACCCGUCCUCCUGUCAAAUGCCCCCGCCUCCUCAUCCGUCCUCUUCCCCUUUGCCGCCGCCACCUCACCACUCAUCCUCCAUGCCUCCACCUCCUCACCCGUCCUGCUCCGGCAUGCUUCCCCCUCCUCCCCAUCCCGACUUGCUGAUGGACGGCCACAGCCAGGCGCUGUCCCGCUCCUCCACCCUGCCUCGUCGGCCCUCCGCCCGCAGCCAGGCCGAGCAGGAGCACUACUACAAGGCCAUGCAGAACGAGAGGAUGUUAUAGUAAAGACGUCGUUGUCGUUGUACUUCAGGAGACUCAGCUGAAAAGAGACAGUGAAACAAAGUAGCAGGUGAAUAGAGAUUUAUGACUUUUGAAAAAUGACAAAAAUGUUUAGAGACUCUGAGACCAGAGCUGCAGAUUUGGUCAAAAUGCUGGAAAUGAAGAGGCAGCAGGGGUGGAGAACCACGGGGAGGUCUGGCAGAGCUCACAAGCACUCAGCAGGGGAUCUGGUUUUCUCCUGCUCACACGUACUGCCCACAGCGCCGGCUCAACGGUUCUGACUGGGAAAAGAACAGACAAGAGAAGAAAGGGGAGUCAUAGAAGACAAGAGCGGGGUGAAGCAUUAAAAAACGCAGCUCACCUCGUUUCAGCAUGCGCAUCCUCUGUGUUUCUUUAAGACACAUUCAGAGGAGGAGCGGAGGAGGCUGCAGCUGAAAGAGAGAUAUCACGCUGAACGGUCUGGGAUUUGCUAAAUCAAGUUUCCCCUGAGAGGGGGGAUAAGACGGAGAAAACAAAACAACUACAGGCAAUACUAGCUCUCCUUACACUAGCGCAGCUGUUUGAGAUUGCCAGCCGCUGA